CACUUUUGUGAUUCGGCGGGCAGCGAUGGCCGACCCGAUGGCCGCUGCCAUGCAGCAAUACACGGCGUCCAUGCAGGCUCAGUUCGCCGCCGUCAUGGACAAGGUGCGGUCCAGCAUGGAGCAGAGCUCGGGCAUGGCCGGCAUGAUGAACGACAUGCUGGAGAACCUCCUCCUCCAGAGCCUGCGCGUGAUCUGCGUCGUCGCGCCCAGUCCAUCGAUGGCCGUGGACGUCCGGGCCACCAACCUCGGCACGAUCCCGAUCCCAGUUGUUGCCGUUUCCAUUGCGCUGCGUCCACACGGGCGCCAGGAUGCCGAGUACGAGCUGUUGACGCGGUCGGUGCCACAAGACCUCGCUGUGCACGACGCGAUCAACGUUGUCGUGCCACUGGCGCUGCCGUCUCUCGGCCAGUACGACGGCCGCAUCGCGGUGUCGUGCGUCAGCCCUGGCACUGGCAAGCGCCUUGAGGCGACGCACGAAUUUAGCGUCUAUUACCUCCAGCAGCUCAGCAUCGAGCGCGCGACAAUCACGGUUCCGGAUGGCCCCGCGACGAUCGUGCGAGGCCUGGACCUCGCCAAGCUGCGCGACCUCUUGCGCUUGUCCCCACGGGACGCUUUGGCCACACACGGCGGGUACCAGCUUCUCGGCCCGAAUCAUGAUACGUGGUUUGUGCUGCAGCUGCUCGAUGGCGACAGCACACACGCCGACGUCAGUGUCGUCGCCUCGAGCUCGUCGCCAAUCGACGCGGGUACCAUCUCACACGAGCUCACCUUGCUUGCGGGCUCACGUCGGACAGUCCAGCCACGCGGCUAGCUAUCUACUUGUCCGCAUAAGUCGUAACAACGGUCCUACGGUGGAAUGAGCCGCUCCGUAGCGAGUACUACAGUUUUCUACGAUAGGAGAGCCAAGGCACGUUUGCAUCACUGUGGCUGGUGCCUUCUACACGCCUUGCCUCGCCUCACCAUCGCUGUCUGGUCGCAUCAGGCUCGCCGUCGACAGGCGACCCUGGAGCCCUUGGCGCGUUCGACCAAAUCAGCCCACCGUCGAUCGCGAAGUGCGGGAAUAGUACGGC